AUGCUGUUUAAGCAACGCGAAGCUUUCAGACGUCACGCAACCAAGGCAAUUGCUGGUGAAAUCUUUGACCAAAACAUAAAAAUCAAAGUUCAUUGUUCUCCAGGAAAGCGCAAGAAGAGUUCGCGAAAGCCCCAGGGCAAGAAGAAGAAUGAUCCACUUCCUACUAUCUUCACCUGCCUAUUUUGCAACCACGAAAAAUCCGUCACAGUAGAGAUGAACAAGAAAUCCGGUGUUGGCGAACUCGAAUGCAAGGUGUGCGGGCAGAGAUUCCAGUGCGGUAUAAACUAUCUCUCAGCACCCGUCGAUGUUUAUAGUGAAUGGAUCGACGCGGCCGAUGCCGUUGCAAAGGAAAAUAACGUUGGAAGUGGCUCCGGUUCGGCUUCAACGUAUCGCGUAGGAUCAAAACAAUCAGCGGCUGGCCGAUAUGAUGAUGACGAAGACGAUCGCAGAUACGAGGGCGAUGGCAUAGUGCCGGAUGACGAUGAUGACUAG